AUGGGAACUUUGCUGUCGGUGGCUAAGGCCAGAGGUGCGGACCAAGGAGCAGAUUGUAGAAUUGUUGGUGCUAGGGCAAUUCCUGACUGUGCUACCUGGGGAGAUCCAGAACUGGGUACAGAAGCAAGGUCCAGAAAAUGGAGAGGAGGCAGUGACACUGGUGGAAGAUUUAGAAAGAGAGCCUGGAAGACCUGGACAUUCGGAUUUGCAUUUCCUAAACCCAAUGUGGUGUCCACGUUGGAUCAAGGAGAGCUAUGGAUCUCAGAUCUGCUUAGCUCCAAGGAGAAGAAUGUCCCAAAAGGCAACAGCACAGGAACCAGUCCAUUACCAUCCAAGAGAGAGAAUGGCUGGGUGGAACAGGAUCAUUGGGUCUUUGAUGAUGAGAAGGUGGUGGGUGUGCGGGGGCUAAAAGAGACUACAACACUCCUUGCAAUUCUCAGUCAGACAUUUUAUGAAGCUCUCCGAAACUGCCACAGGAACAGCCAAGUGUAUGGGGUUGUAGUUGAGAGGCCCCUGGUACAGUGUCACACCAAGUUCAAAGGCCUUCAGAAGAGUAACAGGAAGGUCAAGAGUGGUCAUCCACCCGAUACCUGCCCAUUCUUUGAAGAGAUGGAAGCCCUGAUGAGUGCCCAGGUCAUUUCAUUGCCCAUUAAUGACCUGGAAGAGGCAGCCUCCCAUUCUGCCCAGGGAGGCAGCGAUGCUGAGACUGAGGAGCCAGGGCAGAGGGACUGGCAGCAUGAAGAUGGAGAGGAGGCUGUAGCUGGAAGGUUGGACAGUGAUGACCUGGAGGCAACCCCCCAGGACCCUGACAGCCCACCUGCAUCUGUCCUGUUCUGAAACCCAAGUGGUAAGAAGCUUUUCUUGGGCUUUGGGAUUAGGUUUGAGGAGCAAUGAAAUUGGAAGUGGAACCAGCCAUUUCACUUGCCAGCUUGGCCAUUGUAAUAGGAAACAAGGUGUACACUGGGGCUAUGAAGAAACCAAGACUUACCUUGCAAUUCUUAGUGAGACUCAGUUCUAUGAAGCCCUCCAGAACCGUCACCGCAACAGCC